UACAAUGUCAAACACUCAGAAGCAGCGCGAGCUCAUGGCUUCCCCGCGCCACAAUGAGAAGCACCGCCGUGUCCUCCUGCUCAUCCUCUAAAUACAGAAGUCCAUUCACUUUUUAUGGGUUUGUUCCAUGUUCCCGGGCAGAAUGCGUUUGAGGUCUAUGUGAGCGUGUGAGCAAGGUCAGAGGUCAUGCUGCGGAGGGAAUCUGACUCCCACGGCCUUUUUUCCUCCGGAGAGACGUCUGACAAUGACUGUGGGAUGGGGGCGAGUUGUGGAGAGGUAGAUGUAGUGUGUCUGUGCGAGGCCGGUCCCUGUACACUUUAUUCAGAAGCACACACGCCUACGCCGGACUCACGGCUGUGUGAAUACUGUGGUAAAAACAGAGUAAUGAUAACGAGAUACUCUGAGGGAUACGGCACAGAGGAAGAGUGUGUAUUAUCUGACCCUCAGGGAGAAAGUGAUGCAGAUGCUGAUAUAGAGGAUACAGAUUGCAGACUUCAGGAGCCAGGUUCUCUCCAGCGAAUCAGCUCGCGGAGACGUAAGCGCCCGAGGGUAGCGCGGCAAGACACCACCGAGAGUGAGGACGAUGGUGGGCGGAGCCACAGAUCACAUCGCUGGAACCUCAGGCUCAGUCCUGACAGAGCGCCUAGCAGGACCAUACUGGAGGAGAGUGUAUCACAGGUCAGGCCACUGGUCAUCUGCCAGCCAAAUGUCGAGAAACAAAAGAGUCCAGGCGAACUGCCCCGAGGCUCCAGACGUCUGAUGUCACUGUGGCCAUCUUUCCUCUCUCUCCCUCUCAUCCUCCUUCUCAUGCUGCCCCUCUCCCUCUCCCUUGUCAUUGUGAUUGUGUCUUUCUUUCUACCGUGGGCCAGCGCUUGACCCAGCAUUUAUGUUUCAAGAGAGUAGUUUCAUUCCAAAAAAUUAUAAAAAGCUCCACCAACUCCUACAAUGUAGUAGAUAGCACAGACUGGAAACAAAGACAUGGUGCUUAACACAGGAUAGUUGAUUAACUUGAGAUGUUUUAAUAGACCCACCAUGUUUUUUCCCUCCCAGGGUUUACUGAAACACAUUUUGGAAGGAUUUCAAACAUUUUUGGGGACAGUUUGCCUUUUAGAUGCAUUAAAGCCAGAAGGGCACAGGUUCAAACAUCUAGUCUUUCCUUCUGCACCACUAUACAUCCAGAAUCUGUUCAAGAUGAAAACAGCAUACAGUCAGUGCUUGCUUUUGCCUCAUAGAAUCUCACCUUCCGUCUCACUUUCUCACCCCCUCGUUGGUAAAAAUAGACCCCUCAUCUCGCUCCUUAUUCUGAGGAGCCACUGGAGUGAUACGUGGGGGAAAGGUUUCAGGGCUGCGCAGGUGCACUCAAAGAGGAAAAUAACAGGCUCAAUAGGAAAAUGGGAAAAAGACGACACUGCUGAACUAUGCAAUUCUUCUGUUCCUACCGCAGCUUCGUAACUGCUGUUAAAUAACUCCUUCUCUGUCUCCAAUUUCCUUGGCACUGUUGUCACCUUCUUGGCCCUUUCCCAUUUCUCUCUGAGGAAUACACUCUAUGAAUGCAGGGACUUAUGAUUCUAAAAUAGAGCAUGACCUAUUUCAAAAAGCAAUAGCAGGAGAGAUCUGAUAUAGCUCCCAUUGCAUAUGAUUUGCAGAACAUCUGGUGGUUUAAUGAAUGGAUUACAUGGAUUAUUUUACUUGUUGCUGACAGAUUAAAAAACAGGUGGAUGCGUCUGCUUCUUCUUCUUCCUGACUGCACUUGUGUAUGUUUUUAGUAGCCAACCUCAUAAUGAAUUGAGCUUUAGUGAAACUUAAUUAUGUUUAAGCAAUUAAACACUUAAAACAGUCUUACAGUUGAAACAUUACUAUCAUGUUUAAUAAUAUUUAAGUUAUAUCUAUAUUUAUGAAUUACUAUUUAAUUUAAGGAGAAAAGUGAGCGUGGCAAUCAGUCAUGCUACUACUCCAAACUGAAAUAAUUGGAAAAAGCCAUUUUGUCAUGGUUUUUCUGUACUGUAUGUUUGACGUUACGUUGUGUUUUGUAUAUUUUUAAAGUUAAGAUUCUUUUUUUUCCCACACCACAAUGGAGUUGCUUGCUUCCUUGUAGAGAAAUGUUUUUUGAGUUAAGAUCAGGUUGUACUGUACUAUGAAGUAAUUUGAUUCAUGUUUAAUAACCUUUUCUCUUCCAGCCUGAUGUAUUGCUAUUGUUAAAUCUUAAAUUUUAUUUCCAUUUGUAUGUUCACCUCCGUCUUUCAUGGGGCCAUAGAAGUUCAAUAAAACUAGAUUGUA